UUUAUUAUGUAAACCCGUACUUGUUUAUGGUCUCUAACGUUCUUUUGUUUCAGAAACUUGUACAUGUUUUAGAUACUUAACGAAUAUAACGAACGAACCCGACUUUCUGAUAAAAAUUCACGAUGCCAAUAUCGGAGGAUAGUAGAGCUGCCCUGGCACUUCUCAAGGAGGUCCAGCAGAGUGUCAAGGAUACAGAAGACCUUCAGAACAACGCCCAGGUUAAUGAUGAUCUGAACACUUUAAUCUCAGUUCUUGAAUCUCCAGUCUUCCAAUCUAUUCUAAACAUCCAGGAUUCUCUUAGAGAACUCAAAAGACAGGUGAACCUUCAUCCUUCGAUCCUACCGGAGGAUUUUGAUAUAACGCCGAACGGAGAACUGAUUUUAAAUCUACCCUCAGAUGAACCGUACCAUAAUGGUUACCAAGAUGAAACAACCCCGGACUCAGAAAACAAAAAGGAGGCUGUCCUCAUCUCCCCCUUGGAGGACGAGGACAAGGAGGAGAA